CAUCCUUUUUCUUUUUCCUUUUCCAUUUUUAUUUUUCUCUCUUCUUCUUUCUUUCUGUCCGAAUCAAAAAAAAAUCCGAGCCCCUCAUCAUCGAACAAGCCCCAGCCGCCGAUUCUUCUUCCCGGAGAUCUCUACUUGCCUACUUCUCCAACUCCUCUCAGUAGGGUGGAAGAGCUGGUUCUUCUUAGGAGAGUGGUCAACUCGAUAGAAAACUCAUGUUGGUGCACAGAUGAGCAGAACUGAUGUUAUUUGCAGUAGAAGGAGGAGGGUUCUUCUCGUCUUCAGCUUCUGGGUAUAGCAAAGGUUUGGCCCUUCUACUCUUGGGUCACAAGGACGACGACGAUAAACCCAUGAGAGUUUCGCCGUGGAAUCAGUACCAGUUGGUGGACCAAGAAUCUGACUCUCACCUCCAGCUGGCUUCCACGAAGAACCGACUUUCCCGCGGUUGCGCCUCCUUUGUCUGCUUUGGUCGCGCUUCCGCCGGGCUUGACACUCCCUCUCCUCUUAAAGUGGGCCCUGCCCAACAGCAGGAUGUCUUGCACGAGUCUGUUGCUUCUGAUAAAGGCGAGGAUCAUACUGCUACCCCUGAGGAGUUUCAUACUGCAAGAAAACUUGCUCUCAAAAGUAGCUUGAAGAAGCCAUCAAAAAGCAUACCAGUUCCUGUCCAGAGUUCUAAUGAACAUGAAACAAAUAGUCACAUUCCAGGCAAUGCAGAAAGGAGAAAAGUGCAGUGGACUGAUACUUGUGGGAGUGAGCUCGUUGAUAUCAGAGAAUUUGAACCCAGUGAAGCGGAUGGAUCAGAUGAUGAAUUCAACAAUGGGAAUGAAAGAAGUUGUUCAUGUGUGGUUAUGUAGAUUGGCUUGUACCUGGUGAUGAUUUAGGCUUGGACUGCUCUUUAGAUGCAACAAUGCAUCAGGUAACAUACUGCUAACAGUGCUUUUCCGGUUGAUUACUUAUUUCUGGAAGGAGAAAAGCGGUUUUUGAGUUGAUGCGGAAUACCACCAUAGCAAGGAGUAUUUUUCCGGCUAUGCUCAUCACACUGAAUAGUUCUGUCUAUAUCGGGUUUGCUUUGGGUUUCAAUUUUGUCACUCCAGGUUUGGGGUUGUUUUGUUUAUUAUUCUCUGUGUGACUCCAUUGUUCAUUAUUUAUCGUAAUUAAUGUGUUUCUUUUCUUCUCAUAA